CGUGGAGCUCCAGUCCGGUGGCCGCCGGAAGCGUCGUGUCUUCGGUCGCCCGGGCGACGGUGCUGGCCGCGCGCGCAGGAGCAGUACGGGAAGGGGGUGGAAGACGGAAGUGAAAAUCAGUUUGUCUUCAAAACACAAGUUGCCUUUUCCUUCAAGGCGAAGCUUCCAGAAGAAAACAUCCCCUCCCUGCCCUGCCUGGGGGAAAUGGCAGCUUUGAACCUGCCAGUGGUUCUGCAGAUCUCGCUGGCUUUUAGCUGAGUUCGGUUUGCAGGGUUAGAAACAUUUCAAGUGUAAACGAUGCAUCCUGCGCAGGAAUGGGGGACAUGGGCUGCUCUGUUCCAGUCACUCACGGCUCCACCAGAGUCUCUAGCUGGGAGAGCUCACGCCAAGAGCAGGGGAGGAGGCUUCUCUUUGUUCCUCCCAGACCUGUGCUUGUGUUUCUUUGAAAUCUUCUCAGCUAAUGCCUUGUUCUCCCACCCUUCUGUCUCCGCAGCUUCCUUCCCCCUUCAGGCUUCCCAGACCAGUGUUGCUAAGAAAAAAGCUUCAUGUCUGCUUCUGCUUGUUGAGUCAGACACUGCCAUGUGCUGGGUGCUGCUCUAGAUUCUGGAGAUACAGCAGCGAGCAGACAGAAAGCUUUGCCUGUGGGGAGCUUACUUCCCAGUGCUGCCAGUGACUGUCACCUGGUCAGUCUGUGCCCGGUGGACAUUUUCCAAACGCCCUCUGUGGGUCCAGCUCUGUGCCAUGGAGAGCAGGAUGCACCUGAAGCUGUGGUCAUAGGUUUAGGGGCCACGGGCCUCAUCCUUGUCUUCUAGAGACUUUGCCCCUGCACCUUGCACUUUCUGCACUGGGCGACCAGCUCCCUUGUGCCGUGGGUGUGGGAGCAGAGACCAGGCAGUUGGGUCAUCUUGGUGUCCAUCUACUCCACCUAUGCGGUGGUAGCCUCAGAGCAGGCAAGAGACAUUCACGGGCCUUUGGCACCUGGCAGAGCACAGGGCAGGUGUUUGUGGGGUGCAGGAGGGUGCAAGGGUGCAGCCCAGGGCUGGGCCUGAGUCUGAAUCUCCCUGGAGAUCCGGGUACCUGCUUUGGAACAGGCUUCUGCCAUCCUCUGCAGGUGCAUGUGUCUGAAGAAGAAUGAGAUUCUGGCUCUUGGUUUCUAACAUCUCAUGAUGUAUUUUGGAGGCAGGCAGACGUCAUGGAUAUAGAUGCUGAAAGAGAGAAAAUAACGCAGGAGAUCAAGGAGCUAGAAAGGAUUCUGGACCCCAGCUCCUCAGGUAUCCACGUGGAGGUCUCCGAAUCAAGUCUCGAUUCAGAUUCUGAAACAGACUUGCUGCCUGGCGAGGGAUUGGACGCCGCAGAUCCCCCGAUCUUGGAAGAAGAAAGGUGGGGUGAAGCCAGCAACGAUGAGGAUGACCCCAAGGACAGAGCUCUCCCUGAAGACCCAGAGACCUGCCUGCAGCUGAACAUGGUCUACCAGGAGGUCAUCCGUGAGAAGCUGGCAGAGGUCAGCCUGCUGCUGGCACAGAACCGGGAGCAGCAGGAGGAGAUCAUGUGGGACCUGGCUGGGCCCAAAGGCCCCAAGGUGCAGGGCAGCAAGAGCCUGCCCCCGAACGUGUACAUAGGGCACUUCAUGAAGCCGUACUUCAAGGACAGGGUCACCGGAGUGGGGCCUCCUGCCAAUGAGGAGACGCGGGAGAAGGCUGCCCAGGGGAUCAAGGCUUUCGAAGAGCUCCUUGUGACCAAGUGGAAAAACUGGGAAAAAGCCUUGCUCAGAAAGUCAGUGGUGAGCGACCGCCUACAGCGUCUGCUGCAGCCCAAGUUACUGAAGCUGGAGUACUUGCACCAGAAGCAGAGCAGAGUCUCCAGUGAGCCGGAGAGGCAGGCCCUGGGCAAGCAGAUCCAGGAAGCUGAGAAGGAAGUCCAAGAUAUCAACCAGCUCCCAGAAGAGACCUUGCUGGGAAACAGGCUGGACAACCAUGACUGGGAGAAGAUCUCCAACGUUAAUUUUGAAGGAGGCCGUGGUGCGGAGGAGAUCCGAAAGUUCUGGCAAAACUCUGAGCACCCGAGCAUCAACAAGCAGGAGUGGAGUGGGGAGGAGGUGGAGCGGCUGAAGGCGAUUGCAGCCUCACACGGCCACCUCGAGUGGCAGAAGGUGGCAGAGGAGCUGGGGACCCGGCGCAGCGCCUUCCAGUGCCUGCAGACCUUCCAGCGGCACAACACGGCCCUGCGGCGCAGGGAGUGGACGGAGGAGGAGGACCGCAUGCUCACCCAGCUGGUGCAGGAGAUGCGCGUCGGCAGCCACAUCCCCUACCGCAGAAUUGUCUACUACAUGGAAGGGAGAGACUCCAUGCAGCUCAUCUAUCGCUGGACCAAGAGCUUGGAUCCCAACCUGAAAAAGGGGUACUGGGCCCCAGAGGAAGAUGCUAAGUUGCUUCAAGCUGUUGCCAAAUAUGGGGAGCAGGAUUGGUUUAAAAUCCGGGAAGAGGUGCCAGGUAGGAGCGAUGCCCAGUGCCGAGAUCGCUAUUUCAGAAGAUUGCAUUUCAGCUUGAAAAAGGGACGUUGGACUUUAAAAGAAGAGGAACAGUUAAUUGAAUUAAUAGAGAAAUACGGUGUUGGUCACUGGGCAAAAAUCGCUUCCGAACUGCCCCAUCGGUCGGGCUCCCAGUGUCUGAGCAAGUGGAAGGUCAUGAUUGGGAAGAGGCAGGGUCUGCAGAGGCGGCGGCGGAGGCCCCGUCGCAGUGUCCGGUGGAGCUCCAGCUCCAGCAGCAGCGGCGGGGACACCAGCAGCAGCGGCGGCGGCAGCACCAGCAGCAGCAGCAGCAGCGGCAGUGGCAGCGAGGAGUCGGAGGCGGAACUGCAGCAGGCGCAGGAGGGCGGCAGAGAGCUGCCGUCCCCCCAGUACGUGGUGCCGGACAUGGACCUGUGGGUUCCUGCCAGACACAGCACCGGCCCGGCGUGGAGAGCAGGGCCAGGAGGCCGGCCGGGGCGCCCUGCUGCCUCCCUCGGCCCUCCCAAGGGGCCCGGUGCCACCCAGGGCAGCAGAGAGGAAACUUCCGCCCCCACAUCGGCUCCCCAUGAGCAGCUGGGCCCCUCGCAGGCCCCCUCCGGCGUCCACAGCACCGCCCUGCGGGGCGUCCAGGACUCACGCGCCGCGGACACGUUGCUGGCGCGCUCAGAGGAGCUGGCCCUUGAGGAUGGGAGCCGGCUGCUGAAGGUGCCCCUGGAGACCGUGCUGAGGGUGCUCAGGACCAACACAGCCACGCGCAGCCGCACGCUGAAGGAGAAGCUAAAGCAGCCGCCCCUGCCCAGCUCACCCCUAGGGGCCAGCUCUGGUGACAGCGCUGCCCGGUCCCACGUGAGGCAGCUGUGGCACGGAACCUUCCAGAAUGGACGGCGGCGCUGGAGACAUGCUCUGCACCAGAGACUCCUGGACCGCAGGCUCCUACUGGCUGUGACCCCUUGGGUGGGCGACGUCAUCCUGCCCUGCACGCCGGCUCCCCGGAGACCUGCUGUGGCGCAGACCCGAGCCGAUGGCCUCGGGAAGCAGCUGCAGCAUGCCCGCCUGGCCAGCACCCCAGUGUUCACGCUGUUUAUCCAGCUGUUCCAGAUCGAUACUGCUGGCUGCAUGGAGGUCGUUCGAGAGAGGAAGGUGCAGCCACCCGGGCUGCUCCAGGCUGGCACCCAGGACCCCCCUCCGCGCCCUGUGCAGGCGCUUUCGAGAGCCCCGAGCACCCCAGGCUGCCCCUUACCCAGCGUGACAGCUCAGAAAGCUGCAAAGCCUGCCGGCCGCCGGACAGAGUAUGCCACACCCCCGGUGCCCCCACCGGCUCUGAGCGGCCCUCGGCCCAAACCCAAGACCGUGUCAGAACUGCUCCGGGAGAAGCGGCUUCGAGAGGCCCGGGCCAGGAAGGCCGCCCAGGGCCCCACGGUGCUCACGCCCCGGCUGCUGCUGUCCUCGCCUGUGAUCCUCCAGCCCGCUCUGCCGCCGGCCCCCCACGGGCCCCCAGCUUUGGGUCCCGCCCUCUCCAACCCAGCAGCCUCUGGGCCCGGGGGCCCUGCAGCAGCCAGUCUGGGCACUUCCGCCUCCUGGCAGGGGGCUGGGACUUCAGCCAAGGACGAGGGGUCCUCCACCCUGCAAACCCUGUCCCUAGCGGCUGCGUCUGGAACCCCCACCCUGGGCCCAGGCCAGGUCACCGGGAGCUGCCACCCGAAUAGUCUCGGACAGUCUCAGGUCCCUGCCACAUCCCGGAAGCAGGGCCUGCCGGAGGCGCUGCCCUUUCUCCCUGCGGCCCCCAGCCCUGCUCAGCCACCCAUCCAGCCCCUCAGCCUGACACACAGAGCAGGGCCACACGUGGCAGCCAACGUCCCUCUCCCUGUCACCUGGGUGCUCACGGCCCAGGGGCUGCUUCCUGUGUCGGUGCCAGCAGUGGUGGGCCUGCCCAGGCCAGCAGGGACCCCUGACUCCACAGGGCUGCCAGUGACCCUGCUGCCUCCCCUGGCUGAGACGCGGGCAGCCCAGGGCCCCAGGGCCCCGGGGCUGAGCUGCCCUGGGCAGCCCCAGACCAGUGUGGACGUGGGACCAGACUCUUCCCCUGGGACAGGCCCCUCGACCCCUGCCACAUGUCCCUCGUCACAGAGGCCUGCAGAUGUGGAUGGGGAUGUGGCCUGUGUGGCCAGGACGUCGCCCCAGGCGGACCACCCUGAGGCAGAGCCCCUGCCGCCCAGCCCGCUGCCUGCCUGUGGUGUUGCCGGCCCAGGGAGUGACCCAGGAGGGACACCAGGGCCCCCCUCAGGGACACGGGAGCCCAGGGGGCCUCAGCCUGGGCAUGAGAAAGGCUCCCUGGACCUGGGCCUGCUCUCCCACAAGAGUGAGGCGGCCACGCAGGAGUGGCUGCGGGGGCAGGGCGGGGUGUGUGUGCCCCCCCUGGGGAGCAGGCUGCCCUACCAGCCCCCCGCCCUAUGCAGCCUGCGGGCACUGUCCGGCCUCCUGCUCCGCAAGAAGGCCUUGGAGGACAAGGCCACCUCCCUGGUGGCCAAUGGGGCAGCCAGGGGCCAGGCCGAGCCCCGGGCAGGAGCCCUGCAGGCCGCUCUUGGGCUGGUGCGGGCGCAGCUCCAGGACAACCCUGCCUACCUCCUGCUGAAGGCGCGGUUCCUGGCAGCCUUCGCCUUGCCCGCGCUGCUGGCCACCCUGCCCCCCUGCGGCGUCCCCACCACUCUCUCAGCAGCCACAGGCGUGGGCUCCGAGAGUGAGGACGAGGGCCUGGACGAGCCGGAGCUCACCUCGGCCAGGAGCCCCGAUCAGCCAGCCCCAGGCCCAGGCGAGGGCUCCGCCCCCUCCUGCCCGGACACCUCUGCCGACCUGGACACAGACCUGCACGUGCUGAGGACCCGGCGUGCCCGGCAUGCCCGGAAGCGCAGGCGGCUGCUGUGAGGGCAGGACAAGGACACCCCAAAAGCCACAGCUGCAGCUGAGGAGAGGCAGGGCCCCAUCAGCCCCAACAGCUGCCACCGCCCCACAGGAGAAAGCGCCAGAGGCCAGGGGAGCCGGUGCCGGACCUUUGUUGGCAGUGGGGGGGGGCCUCAAACAGACCAUGUCAUCACGGGCAUAGCUGGUCCCCAAGUGCAAACCUGACCAUUUGAAGGAAUAAAGUUCUAUUUUUUAAUUAAAAAGCAA